UGACGCCGUCCCCAUUCAGUCCAGUGUGGUGUUAUGUUCCUGCCCAUCACCAUCAAUGGUGAGGACCCAGACUGAGUCCAGCACGGCCCCUGGUAUUCCCGGCGGUGGCAGCAGGCAAAGCCCUGCCAUGGAUGGCACCACAGCCGAGUCCCGGUCGAGUGCCAGCUCCCUGCAGCACACCACUCAGCCACCACCACAGCCUCGGAAGAAACGGCCUGAGGACUUCAAAUUUGGGAAGAUUCUCGGUGAAGGUUCUUUUUCAACAGUUGUCCUGGCCCGAGAACUGGCAACCUCCAGGGAAUAUGCUAUUAAAAUUCUGGAGAAACGUCACAUUAUAAAAGAGAACAAGGUCCCGUAUGUAACCAGAGAGCGAGAUGUGAUGUCGCGCCUGGAUCACCCCUUCUUUGUUAAGCUUUACUUCACGUUUCAGGAUGAUGAAAAGCUGUAUUUUGGCCUUAGUUAUGCCAAAAAUGGAGAACUCCUUAAAUACAUUCGCAAAAUAGGUUCAUUUGAUGAGACCUGCACCCGGUUCUAUGCAGCCGAGAUCGUGUCUGCUUUGGAGUACCUGCACGGCAAGGGUGUCAUCCACAGGGACCUUAAACCAGAAAACAUUCUGUUAAAUGAAGACAUGCAUAUCCAGAUCACAGACUUUGGGACAGCAAAAGUAUUAUCCCCAGAGAGCAAACAAGCCAGGGCCAACUCGUUUGUAGGAACGGCACAGUACGUCUCUCCAGAGCUGCUCACAGAGAAGUCUGCCUGUAAAAGUUCAGACCUUUGGGCUCUUGGAUGCAUAAUAUAUCAGCUUGUGGCAGGACUCCCACCGUUUCGAGCUGGAAAUGAAUAUCUUAUAUUUCAGAAGAUCAUUAAGUUGGAAUAUGACUUCCCAGAAAAAUUCUUCCCUAAGGCGAGAGACCUUGUGGAAAAACUUCUGGUGUUAGAUGCCACGAAGCGGUUAGGCUGUGAAGAAAUGGAAGGGUAUGGCCCUCUCAAAGCCCAUCCUUUCUUUGAGUCCAUCACGUGGGAGAAUCUGCAUCAGCAGACACCUCCGAAGCUCACUGCCUACUUACCGGCUAUGUCAGAAGAUGACGAGGACUGCUAUGGCAACUACGACAACCUCCUGAGCCAGUUUGGCUGCAUGCAGGUGUCGGCCUCCUCCUCCUCCCACUCCCUCUCUGCCUCGGACACCGGCCCGCCGCAGAGGUCAGGCAGCAACAUAGAACAGUACAUCCAUGACCUGGACACUAAUUCUUUUGAACUGGACUUACAGUUUUCCGAAGACGAGAAGAGGUUGCUGUUGGAGAAGCAGGCGGGCAGCAACCCUUGGCACCAGUUUGUAGAAAAUAAUUUAAUACUAAAAAUGGGCCCCGUGGAUAAGCGAAAGGGCUUAUUUGCACGACGACGACAGUUGUUGCUCACAGAAGGGCCACACUUAUACUAUGUGGAUCCUGUCAACAAAGUCCUGAAAGGAGAAAUUCCAUGGUCACAAGAGCUCCGACCAGAGGCUAAGAACUUUAAAACUUUCUUUGUCCACACGCCUAACAGGACGUAUUACCUGAUGGAUCCAAGUGGGAAUGCUCACAAGUGGUGCAGAAAGAUCCACGAGGUUUGGAGGCAGCGAUACCAGAGCCACCAGGACGCUGCCGUGCAGUGACCCGGCCCACAGCUGGGCUGCUCUUUGCUGCCAGGACACCUGCUCCAGCGCACUCGGCUGCCAUCCGGGACGCUUCCAGACCACCUGCCAACCAUCUCAAGGGGAACGCAGACAGCGGAAACCUUGCAGCUUUUUUAUUUAAAAGAGAAGGAAAAAAUACCCACCCACACAAAGAACAAAACCAAUAACAAAAAGGAAUUCAGGGUUGCUUUGCUUGCUCUCUGUGCUCUGUGGAGGCUUCCAUGUGUCCUCGGUGCUGUGGAACCCAGCUCCAUGCAUGUCAGCCCGUUCCUGCCCAGACCAAUUGACAGACCUGGUGUUGCCUGCUUCAGAACCCAGCAUCAGAACCAUUCGCUGCACUCUGUUCUCGCACCCUGAUCACUGCUGGUCCUGCUGGGGCCAAAGGGACCCAGUGUGUCUUUGGCUCUUUCUGCCCCCCAGAUGACGAUGGAACUCUUCACGAGGGAGGGAGCUUGUACACACCUCUGUGGGGAUGGCCACUGGCCCUAUGGGUGGGAGGGUUCUUUGCUUUUGUACGUGCUCUCUUUCUUGUGUCCCUAAUUUAUGGCCCAUGAGCUGCGGCCGGGCCCCUCAGGUGCCUCCUGGCAUAGCUCUGGUGGUGGCAGAAUUCUGUGGUCCUUGCUGGCAGCACACUUCGCGUGGUGAGCAGUAAGCAGGGCAUCAAGGUGAUGAGCGGAUCAGGCUGCUGCGGUUGGAGGCCCCAUCAGGGGCUCAGCUUCCUUGUCCCACUGAGCAGUGUCCAUCUCUGGGCUGGAAAUCGAGCUCAUGUGCGGGAGGGGCGAUGUCACAAGUGUGACCACUUGGCACCCAGCUGGGUGGUUGUAUGAGAGAAUCCUGCCCCGUGCCUGGGUGAGACAAGAAGGUGCUGUGGAGACGCCAGCCAGAGCAGACGGCCUGCUGGCCUCUUUGUGGAGUGAGGCCUCGGCCCUUCCCAAGAGUCUCCUGAAAGGUUUAAAUGUGCAGACCUCCCCGAUAGGUCAGGGGGGUCAGAGAGAAUCCCGCCAUCAGCAGGUUCAGGAUGCCUCAGUCUCCUGCUGACAGCACUGGGGAACGCCAGUGCCCAGUGGCCCACACACCCGUCUCAUGUUGGGGUUAAGCAUUUCUCAGAGCUAGUUCAGAGUUUCUACAUCUCUGCACUGAAAAUAUAAAAGGCUUCUCAUGUUGUGGGCCAUCUGCUCCCAUAGGAAUUGGGCCUUUUGCCCAGAAGAGAGCGUCCUCACUGUGUGCAGGAGGUGAGGACAGCAUACUCCCACCUGAGCUGGCCUCCUGGCCGCCUCUGCCAGUCCAAGUCUUUCUCUUUGCUGCUUUAGCGCCGCGCACCGCUGCCUGAUGAGAUGGCUCAGUGUGCCCGUCUUUGGCUUGGCUUGGAUACUCCCUGGGCAGAGGGCGCUCCUCGGCUGGCCCUUCCUCUCCCUGCCCAGUUGUACCUGGGGGACAGCCCUUGAUCCCUGGUGGAGAGGAGUGGUACCUCUGCCUUCGCAGGCUGUUCAGACACACUUCUGACCCGCAUGUCCCCAGGGGAUGAACAACUUUGCCAUUUCCAUAGACUUUCACAAAGGCACCAGCAAAAGGCCCACUCAGAAAAGACUCCCCACCUCUCCCUGUCCCCCCGCCUAUCUCAAGUGACCCAUUGGUUGUGCCAGGCAGGUCCAAAUCAAGAAAAAAGAUUCUCAGUUUUAAUGAUGAAUGGCUCUUUUUGAACUUGGGGGUUGGGGGAGGGUUUUGUGUGUGCAGAUAGGCAUUCCAUCAGCAGGGGUGGUGAAGGGACAGAGGCGUCCCUGGCAGUGUCUGCCUGGUCUUGUCUACUGCUGUGUGGGAGCUUCAAGCCCGGCAUUGCCGCACCUGCCCUUGGGUGCUCCAGGGAGCAGGAUGCCCUGGGCUCAGGCGGAGGCUGCGCCCCCCUCCCCCCACCAAGCUUUUGAAAAGGCUUGACUGUGUUGUGAGUCGCUUGGCCGUUUCUUUCAGGAACUGCUGUUCAGGCUUAACUCCCUUUCAUGCUGCUUUACCUUCCUCAGCACAUCCCGCAUCUGUGUGUGCGAGAGUGGCUUCCUGCCUUGCCUCCCCGCACAUACAGGCACAGGGAUGAGUCUGUCCUGGGCAUCUGGUUACAGGGAAACAAGCAGAGCUGAGGCCUGGCUGGGCUGCUUGGGGAGAAUCUUCUGUUGCGUUCUUCCCUCUGGAUAGCGCCACUACCUCCUGGGCUUACCGACAAGCUUCGUCUUAACCUCCAAAACCACAGAAUUAGGGGUUCAGAGCUGAGCUCACAGCCGACAGCUAAAAUGACUGCCCCUGCCCGAGCUAGUAACAGCCGUGCCCUUCUCUCUCAUGGCUUGCCUUUCUCUUCACUUGGAGUCCCUUUUUUCCUUUUUUUUUUUUUUGGAGGCCCAUGCAUUUUCUUACCCUGCACUUCUAUCAAUUUUUGUUUUAUCCGGCCCAUCACCCGGCAUGCAGGUGCCUUAGGUUCUGAGACAGGGACGUGGAUGUCAGUCUGUAUACAUAGAAGAUAUACAUACAUGGGAAUAGAAAUGUGGGUUUAUCCAAGAAGAGAAAAAUAAUACCCUGCUGUUUAGUAGAUCCAGGAGUCAUGUGUCUUACUGAGAGGGGGCUUCUGGGCUCAGAGGGGAAGGCGGCUGCUAGGAGGCUGUGGUCGCAAUCAGCCCAGACUGCCUGCUGUGUGUUGACUUUCUCUGGGGAUGCAGAGGAAGCUGGAUUUGAUGGUGGUGUCCUCCCCUUUUUCUGUGGUCCCAGCUAGGGCAGCAGCAGUCCCUGUGUGGCGUGCUAUGCUUCUCCACCCCAGGGAAGGGCACCACAGUGCGACUACCAUUCUAAACCUUAACUUGGUGGAGUCUUGUUAAAAAUCUGCUUUGGGAGAGAUGGUUCAUGUAGUCGUACCAAAGCUGGCAGGAACCUCACCUAGUCUAGUCCUCCUGGGUCACUAAUAUUUGUGGCCCAUGCCUGAAGGAAUUGCGGAGACAGCCCUAGGGCACAGAUACCAGAGUGCCAGCAUACUGGGUGAUUCUGUACUUUCUUAAAGCUAAUAUUUCUGAAAAGUCAGCUGUAGGUUCACCACUCAGAGAAGACCACUGUGAACAUUUUGGUCUAUAUCUUGCCCCCCCCCCCCAUUUGUUUGCUUUUUUGACUUAACUGGGAAUAUACAACAUAUACAUUUUGCAUCCAGCUUUUUUCACAUGAUAUUUUAUCUUAAGCAUUUUCCCACAUCAUGGAUAAUUCUUCGAAGAUGUGUUUUUAAUGAUUGUAGAGUUUAAUGGUUGUAAAUUUUAUACUUUCACCAUUUCUUUGUUGUAAAACAUUUAGAUGGUUUCUGUUUUUUCACUAUUUAAAUAAUGCUGUGAUGAAUAAUCUUAUAAAUCUUUGAUUUUUGACUCUGAUUUUUUUCCCCCCUUAGAUCCCUAGAAGUGGUGUUUUGGGGUCAGAGAUUGUUCAUUUUAAAGAUUCUACUCUUUCUCUGAUGCUUAGAUGCUCAGAGUUCCGGUAACAGAACCUCCUUAGUUGUGUCCUACAGAUUCUGAACUCAGUUUAAAGCUGUGUGUUCCAAAGAAUGUUUGGGUAAGACUGCUCCUUUUUAAAUGCUAAAAUGUCAUUACUGCUAAACCAUUUAUGACAGAUCUUUCCAAGAGCCCUUUCUUAUUUUCGUUGCAAGAAGCCGGUUAUGCUUGCAUGUUCUCUUCCAUCCCUGCUAUGAUGGCUUUCAAGUGUUUGGUGAUAUUUUCAGAAUCUUGUACUUUGUGUCCAUAAUGGUACUUUUUGCAUCUGCACAGUCAGCAGAGAUGAAAAAUGAACUGACCUUGCCACAUGCUUAGUGGGUGAUUUGCUAUUAAGUUUACAGACUCAAAGUACAUUGGGCCAUUUGGAAUCAGUAGCAGAGCAAGGGCUCUACUUGAAAAAGAAACCCUGUAGAUAUGAUUGGGUUUAACAGAAAUGCAUUGACCAUUCCCCCGACCCCUGUCAGAAGGUCUUGUCUUUCAGGAGAGCAUCGUGGCCAGGCUCUUUCGUUGAUAGUGUGGUUGUCCUGGCUGGUGUGGAUUUAAGGCCUUCUCUUCCCCCUUUCCUGCCCACAGUGUUGCAGGUUGCCUAGUUGUCUUGAAGUCCCGACCCUCCAAGUUUGGUUGCAUUCUUAAUUUCUCCACUUUAGUUGGGUUGCAUUGCUUCUGAGGGGAAGCAUGUAUGAGAGAUUUUUCCAGGCACCAUGCUCAUUGCCAUUUGACUACCAGAGAUGAUGGCUGAAUUGUGCAGAAUUACGUCUCCUGCCCUCCUCUGAUGCCUUGAGACCCUUCCCUCAGCAGUGAGCACCCUGGCUGGUCCACAGACCCAGGGUGCUCACUGCUGAGACUUCAGAGGUUGCAGCUGCUGUGAAUAUGGUGAAAGUAGCAUGUUGUGGGAGUUGUUGCCAUACACUUUUUUCCAUUUUGUUUCUAAUGUGAACUGAUGGUGACUCAAGUGGGUGUGGCCCUUUCUUCUUAGGCAGCAUACGUGGCAAGUGUCCUUGAAUCAGGGCUGGAGUCACUUACAAAGGCUCAUGAGGGGCACUGUCUUCUGUGGCAGGGUUGUAUAUCAGGCUGCCUUUGGAGAACUGGUCUGGAGAGGAAGCUAUUCCCAGCAGAGAGCAGUUUUAUCUGUCUUUGAGAUGGCCAUGGUGGGCAACUGAAUGAGCCUAUGUGUAUACCUGGAUUUUCCCUGUAGCUCAUUUCUUCAAUAUGAAGAAACACCAAACUUAUGUACAGAAAACUUUUUACAAAAGGCAAACCUUUUUUAGCUGUGUAACCCACCCUAGUCUAACCACCUGGCUGAAUUACUACGAAUAGGGGUCAUUUUGCUGGUGAAAGCCUCUAUUAUGACCAUAGGUUGGAUUGGACGUUGGCGAAAUUAAAUUGUUACAGUAUUUAGAGCUGCUGUGGCCGUUCCUUAACAACAUAAAAUACGAUGAAUCAAUAGUAUGUUAGCUGUCUUUCAGGUUGGUGGCAGUCAGUUAGCACAUGUGUAAUAUUCUCUACCUGGUCUGUAGCUGUAACUGUGAUGUACAGGCAAAGCAAAAAACAAAACAAAACAACAAAAAAAAACCUUAUGAAAACAAAUAAUGCAAUGAUAUUAGGAUAUACACUUUUGUAUUUUUAUUCUUAUAUAAGGUUAUUUGCUGGCUAUUGUUGGCCUCUAGUUCAGUCUGUGUUAUUUAAAUUCUAAUAUAUGAAUUAUUUGGAUUGAGUUCAUGUUCAGGGCCACGUUGUUGUAUGUAUUGAUGUACAGCCUUGAAUGUGAAUAAUUAUUGUAAACUAUAUUUUACAACUUUUUUUCUGGCUUUAUUAUAUAAAUUUUGUAUUUGGUCAAUGAUUUAAUCAUAUCAUAAUUUAAUGAAUGUGUUUAUUCUUUUUCAAAUAUUUGUGCUUUAGGUGUAGUUACCGAAUGAUGAAUUUUCCUCAUAUGCUCGGUAGUCUUGUAAUAAAAGCAUGUAGAGUGUGGA